AUGGGGAGGCUGUUUUUUCCACAGUUGAUAACCAUGUUGUGCCUGGAGGCUGCAGUUCCUUUUGAUGAAGAAGAAGAAAAACUUGAGGCAAGAAAUUUGAUGGACUACAUGGAAACCCAUAGGGAUGGCGCCAGCAGUGCCUACUCAUUGCCUCUUUCAACCAGUGGAAGAUGGAUCAUCGAUGCAACGACGGGCCAACGUGUGAAGUUGGUGUGCGUAAACUGGCCAUCUCACAUGCAGGCCAUGCUCGCAGAGGGUCUUCACCUCCAGCCGCUUGACAGCAUCACCGCUAUGGUAGCAAAGUUGCAGUUCAAUUGUGUGCGCUUGACGUACUCAAUCCACAUGUUCACACGCUAUGCCAAUUUGACCAUUCAACAAUCCCUCGAGAAUUAUGAUAUGAAAAAUGCCAUGACAGGCAUAACCCAAAAUAAUCAUUUUAUGUUGAACAUGACUCUUGUUGAAACUUAUGGAGCUGUUGUUGAUUCACUUGCAACACAUGGAGUCAUGGUGGUUUCAGAUAACCAUAUAAGCCAACCACGUUGGUGCUGUAACGAUGACGAUGACAAUGGCUUCUUUGGAGAUCGUUAUUUUGAUCCUCAAGAAUGGCUACAAGGAAUUGGCUUGGCAACUCAAAGUCUAAAACAUAAAUCUCAAGUGAUAGCAAUGAGCUUGAGAAACGAGCUGCGAGGACCAAACCAGAAUGUUGACAAGUGGUUUCAGUACACGAGCCAAGGAGCUAAGCUUAUUCAUCAAAUCAACCCAAAUGCACUAGUGGUGGUUUCUGGGCUAGGCUACGACACUGAUCUCAGCUUCUUGAAGAACAAAUCUUUGGGCUUUAACUUAGACAACAAACUCGUAUUUGAGGCUCACUUGUACUCCUUCACAAACAACAUGGGCGAGUCGUGGACAUCAAAGCCAUUAAACACAUUUUGUGCGAACGUUAACCAAGGAUUUGAAGACCGAGCUGGAUUUCUAGUGAGAGGACAAAAUCCGGUGCCUCUAUUUGUUAGUGAAUUUGGGAUCGACCAAACUGGUGCAAACAAGGGCCAAAAUCGAUUUUUGAGCUGCUUCUUUUCCUAUCUUAUUGAGAAUGAUUUUGACUGGGGCUUGUGA